AUGACUCAAUCUCAUCGUCGCUCCCCUUCUUCCACCCAUUAUCCCUCCAAACCCAAGUCUUCUCGUCCUGUCCUACAUCGUCGAGGUACCUCCAGUGUCAACCUAUCCAUCUCCAAGCUGGGUUCGGGCCAUUCACACUCUACCUCGAACUCACACUCUCGCUCCCAUUCUCGGAGCAAAGAAGACGAGAGCGAAUUCGAUAUGGCUAGCUUUCUGAACUUCUGUGCCAUGUGCGAAAGACAAAUCACCGUCCCUAACAACACACUCCUCUACUGCAGUGAAGGACUCCUGCAAACCUCUCUCCGCCUCAAUGCCCUCAAUGCCCAUGACAACAACCCCAUCAACCCCACCAGCCUCACCACCCCUCUCCCCCGAACAAUCGUCGCCCCAAUGACUCCAACCCGAGUCCAAAGCAACCCCCCUCACUCAAGGAUACCAAGCACAACCCCCACCACGACCGGCUCAGAUCUCGACCCCACAGAAUGGAAGCCCGUAAUAAACGCCGCCACCAGCGGUAACUUCACCUCAACCUCAACACCCAACCCAAUCUCAACCACAGCCUGGUCCUAUCUCUCCCAAUUCCACGGGCCCGACCACCACAACCACCGCCAACCAACCCGCCGCCCAAUGACAUCCCGCAACAGCGUAUCAAGUCUACCAGGCCUCGGCUUCACCACUGGCACUGGCACUAGCAUCGGCGGUGCCCCAUCCCUCUCUUCAUCAGUAUCAAGCUCCGCCUCAGAUUAUCUCGGCAGCUAUGAGCACCGCCCACUCCCACCGCGCCACAAACCUUCGUUCUCGGGAACGUAUGCUAAGGGCGUGCAACUUGUUGUUCCGCAUGUUAGCUCUGUUCCUGGCGUCCGGGUCGAAAUGGUUGAUGGCGAUAGUGAUAGUGGGUCUAUCUUUCCGGCGUCGAGUUCGGUUUGGGAAGAUGAGGUUAAGGUUAGACCUGGUGCUAUUUCUAUUGGCGCCCGGUCUUGA